AAAAACGAUGGACUUCCUCUCCAAUCUCCAAUUCUCCAUUGUUGCUUGCUUCACCUUCCACAUCGAUUGCACUAGCAAGUGACAACUACUAGAGUAUAAGAGGGGUAUUGUGCUAGGGUUUUGGGGUUUGGGAGGAAGACUAGGUAGUAGGUAACCACGCGUCCUAGCCGUCCAUGGCUGGGCUGUCACCUCGCUUCUUGGGGCGCACAAGCCCACCCGUCGAUGCGAUCGCCGCCCGCCGCCUAGUGGCGCUCCUCCUGGAGCACCAGGACAGGAGGCGCCAGCUCCUGCAGAUCCACUCCCAGCUCAUUGCCCACCAGGUGUUCGACCGGCGUCCCACGCCGUGGCACGCCCUCCUCAAGGCCUACUCGCAUGGCCCUCACCCGCAGGAUGCCCUGCAGCUCUUCAGGCACGCGCGGUGGCACGCGGCCGACGACACGUACGCCUUCACGUUUGCCCUCAAGGCCUGCGCUGGCCUGGGGUGGCCGCGGUGUUGCAUGCAGCUCCAUGGGCUUGUCGUACGGAAGGGGUUCGAGUUCCAGACCUACGUGCAUACUGCCCUUGUCAAUGUGUAUAUCUUGUGCGGGUGCCUGGCGGAUUCACGGAUGGCGUUCGAGGAAAUGCCGGUGAAGAACGCGGUUUCUUGGAAUGUGGUGAUAACAGGCUUUGCUGGAUGGGGCGAGGUUGAGUAUGCGAGGCUGCUCUUUGAGCGGAUGCCUUGUAGGAAUGUUGUUUCGUGGAGCGGGAUGAUAGAUGGGUAUACGCGUGCUUGUCGCCCUGUCGAGGCAGUUGCUCUUUUCCGCCGCAUGAUGGCAGAAGGCAUUAGUCCAAGCGAGAUAACUGUGUUGGCAGUUGUUCCUGCACUAUCUAAUGUUGGAAAGAUUCUUAUCGGGGAAGCAUUGCAUGGCUAUUGUGAGAAGGAGGGUCUUGUGUGGGAUGUUCGGGUUGGCAAUUCACUCAUAGACUUGUAUGCCAAGAUUGGGUCUAUUCAGAAUUCGCUAAGGGUGUUUGAUGAAAUGCUGGACAGAAGGAACUUGGUGUCAUGGACAUCAAUAAUUUCAGGUUUUGCAAUGCAUGGGUUGUCAGUUAAGGCAGUCGAACUGUUUGCCGAUAUGAGAAGAGCUGGAAUCAGACCUAACAGAAUAACCUUCUUGAGUGUCCUCCAUGCUUGUAGCCAUGGAGGGCUGGUAGAGCAAGGAGUUGCAUUUUUCAAAAGCAUGAUUUAUGAAUACAACAUAAAUCCAGAUGUCAAGCAUUUUGGGUGUAUCAUAGACAUGCUAGGUAGGGCUGGACGUUUGCGUGAAGCUGAGCAGAUAAUAAGAGAUUUUCCUGUGGAAGUCAAUGCAACUGUCUGGAGGACGCUGUUGGGUUGUUGCAGUAAGUAUGGAGAAGUUGAGAUGGGAGAGAGGACAAUGAAGAAGAUAUUAGCCUUAGAAAGAGAAUUUGGUGGUGAUUUUGUGGUUCUAUCCAAUAUGCUUACUGAGCUUCGUAGGUUUAGUGAUGCUGAAAUAGUACGAAAACUAGUCGAUCAGAGGAAUUCUGUUAAGGUUCCUGGGCUUGCUUUGGUUGAUGGGACUCAGUAGAAUUCCUGGGAUAAGGACUAAAUAUUGGAAAGAAACUCUCUCAAUUGAGUCGGGAGUUUUCCGUUGCAAUCUUAGAAUUACCUCCCUAUGUUAUACCAACUGUGAUUAAAGAUCUUUCAUAUUAAGGAAGCAGAUGUACUGAACUAUAUCCAGUCCUUGCUCAUCCUUAACUAGCUCAUUGUUUAUGGAACAAUUCAGUCAUUUUUCAACAUUGUAAGGAUGGAAGCCAUAAAAAGGCUUCAUGCCUAUUACAUCGUUUCUGGGCUGUACAAUUGCCAUUAUGCAAUGUCUAAGGUUCUCAGAUCCUAUGCCAUUCUCCAACCAGAUUUGGUUUUUGCUCAUAAAGUGUUUGAUCAGAUUGAAGCACCAACCACUUUUCUUUGGAAUAUCCUAAUUAGAGGGCUUGCUCAAAGUGAUGCACCGGCAGAUGCCAUUGCUUUCUACAAGAAGGCACAAGGAGGAGGAAUGGUGCCAGACAACCUGACAUUUCCAUUCAUACUAAAGGCCUGUGCUAGAAUCAAUGCUCUCAAUGAAGGGGAACAGAUGCACAACCAUAUAACAAAACUUGGUCUUCUUUCAGAUAUCUUUGUUAGCAAUUCGUUGAUUCAUCUAUAUGCUGCCUGUGGUAAUCUUUGUUAUGCAAGAUCUGUUUUUGAUGAGAUGGUAGUUAAGGAUGUUGUAUCCUGGAAUUCGCUGAUCUGUGGAUAUAGCCAGUGCAAUAGAUUUAAAGAUAUUUUGGCACUGUUCAAGUUAAUGCAGAAUGAAGGAGUGAAAGCUGAUAAGGUUACAAUGAUCAAGGUUGUUUCUGCGUGUACUCGUUUAGGAGAUUAUAGCAUGGCAGAUUACAUGGUCAGGUACAUAGAGGAUUAUUGCAUUGAGGUGGAUGUUUACUUGGGCAAUACAUUGGUAGAUUACUUUGGAAGACGUGGACAGUUACAAUCAGCUGAAAAGGUGUUCUUUAACAUGAAGGUUAGGAACAUUGUAACAAUGAAUGCAAUGAUCGCUGCAUAUGCAAAAGGACAAGAUAUAGUUUCAGCAAGGAAAAUAUUCGAUCAAAUUCCUAAGAAAGAUUUGAUUUCAUGGAGUUCUAUGAUAUCUGGAUAUUCACAAGCUAAUCACUUCUCUGAUGCUCUUGAGAUCUUCAGGCAAAUGCAGAGAGCCAAGGUGAAACCAGAUGCCAUUGUGAUUGCCAGUGUAGUGUCUUCUUGCGCACAUUUGGGUGCACUUGAUCUUGGUAAGUGGGUUCAUGAGUACGUGAGGAGAAACAACAUCAAAGCUGACACCAUUAUGGAGAAUUCUCUGAUUGACAUGUAUAUGAAAUGUGGAAGUGCCAAGGAAGCAUUGCAAGUGUUCAAAGAAAUGAAGGAGAAGGACACCUUGUCAUGGAACUCAAUCAUAAUUGGGCUAGCAAACAAUGGCUUCGAGAAGGAAUCUCUGAAUUUGUUUCAAGCUAUGCUUACUGAAGGAUUCAGACCAAAUGGAGUCACUUUCCUUGGUGUACUGAUCGCUUGCGCGAACGCUAAGCUUGUUGAGGAAGGGCUUGACCACUUCGAAAGCAUGAAAAGACUUUACAGCUUAGAACCCCAGAUGAAGCAUUACGGCUGUGUUGUUGAUCUCCUCGGCCGUGCUGGUCAGUUGGAGAAGGCACUGAGAUUCAUCACUGAGAUGCCCAUAGAUCCUGACCCUGUUGUUUGGAGGAUACUUCUGGGAUCAUGCAAUACGCAUGGUGAUGUAGCCAUUGCAGAGAUCGUCACCAAGAAGCUCAAUGAGUUAGAGCCCAGCAACAGCGGAAACUAUACUCUGUUAAGCAAUGCAUAUGCGAGUGCUCAUAGAUGGAGCGAAGCUAUGAACGUCAGGCAAUGUAUGGCUGAUACUGAUGUGAGGAAAUCUCCUGGAUGCAGUGCUGUUGAAGCGGCUUAAUCCGGCGAACACGUAGGUUCGUGACUAGCAAAGACAUACAUUGCAUCAUACUGUCAAUCUGUGUGAAUAUAGAUGUUCAGGCCUAGUUGUCAACUUUUCUGAGGAAAUUUAUCAUACUUCUGUCAUUUCAGCCUUUAUUACUGAUUAAAUCGAAGUAUAGAAAGAUGUCUUAAGGUGUA